AAAUUUGAGAGAUGUAUAGAUUCACAUAACUACCACGUCCCCCUGUUUUAACCAAAUCAAUUCUUGAAAUCAACCUACUUUUAAAAGUUAACUCGUUUUGCCUCAUUUUAAGCAAAAUCCUUGAAAUUAUAGAUUUGAUGUAUAUAUUUUUUUCUUAUACACAUUGAAUAUGCAACCACAUCAUCAUGAGAGAACUGUCUAAAAUCCUCUCAGUGCAGCCAGUGACAGGCAAACAUGGAUUUAGUCCACCUGUUCCAUUGAAAAGGUGGAGGAGCUGAGGCUCAGAGGAGGGAAGGGACUUGCUGGUGAGACCUGGAGUGGGGCUGAACCAGGACUUGUGUCACACGUUGGUGUUCCUUUUACUGCUUCACCCCUCCUCUGCCUUCAGGACGGAAGCCCCUUCCUCCUCCUCCACCAGCUUCACUCAUUUCAGCCAGCAGUUCAUUUCUGUGCCAUUUGUUCAAAAGCCCUGGCAGCUGCUUGCCCUUAACAUGUUUGUUCAAAUGGAUUAAAUGGCCAGAGUUUCUGAGAACUAUUUCCACACUUGGGUGAUAACUAUUCUGCCCCCUCUGGAAGGACCCAGGUAGUAGCAACCCAGGUGGUUAACUGUCCCCAACAAACAAAUGUGCUGGGCACCUACUGGGGAUCCACACAGACAGAUCAACAGAACCCAUGGCCUGCUGGGGGGAUGAUCAGGCAGGCAAGGUCAAGGUGAGGCCAGGGCAGGUGUGCCGGAGCAUGGGACAGAUGUGGGUUACCUUGUGCAUAUGAUCAGAAAGGUAUGUUCCCAUUGAAACCCGAGGACCCAGUAGAAGAUGUCUAGGACAAGAAUGAGGAAGAAGCCUUCCAGGCUAGGAAAUAGCUCUGCUAAGACUCUGGAGAGGCCGACAGUGAGGUGCCUGAGGAGAACUGGGAGGAGGCUUGAUGGGAAGUACAAAGGGAACCAGGGGAGAAGGCCCUGGGACAGCCUGCUCUUAGGGUGCUGUCCCUCCAGGUGCCCCCCCACAACACCUUCCCCCCCUCAUGCCUCUGCUCAUGGGGACUCCAGCAGAUGCCAGAUGGGGCAGGGGCUAGGUCCCAGUUUGAAGGCCUGUUUGGCAGGGUGCAAUGGAGAAAGAAGGCCCAUGUCUGGCAGCUGUGGCAGCCAGGGCCCCUGGGGGUACUAAGUGCUUCUGUCUGCCCUGUGCCCACAGACCAUGCUGGAGCAGCUCCUGAUCUACCAACCUGAGGACCCCAUCUCCUUCUUGAUCAAGCACUUACAGCGCGACAAUGAUAAUGUGCCGAAGAUUGUGAUAUUAGGUCCGCCCGCCUCGGGGAAAACAACUAUCGCAAUGUGGCUCUGCAAACACCUGAACAGCAAUCUCCUCACCAGCGACAACUUGAUAGAAAGAAAAUCUUCCUCUGUGGCUGAGGAAGCCAGGAAGCAUUACCAGAAAUUCAAGAGCGUCCCCGGCCCGCUGCUCAUCAAGCUGAUCCAGCAGCGCCUGACGGACGAGGACUGCGUCAAGAAGGGCUGGAUCCUGGACGGCAUCCCCGAGACGCGGGAGCAGGCACUGGUGAUCCAGACCCUGGGUAUCGCCCCCAGGCACGUCAUCGUGCUGAGUGCUCCGGACACUGUGCUGAUCGAAAGGAACCUGGGGAAGAGGAUUGACCCUCAGACUCGAGAGAUCUAUCACACCACUUUCGACUGGCCCCCGGAACUUGAAGUCCAGAACCGUCUGAUAGAGCCAGAGGGCGUCUCAGAGCUGGAGACAGCCCAGAAACUGCUGGUGUAUCAUAGGAACAUCAUCAGGAUCCUUCCUUCCUACCCCAAAAUCCUGAAGACCAUCAACGCUGACCAGCCAUGUGUAGACGUCUUCUACCAGGCUCUGACCUUCGUCCAAAGUGGCCAUCGAUCCAAUGCCCCAUUCACCCCGAGGGUGCUGCUGUUGGGGCCCAUGGGCAGCGGGAAGAGGCUGCAGGCUGGCCUCCUGGCCCAAAAAUAUGGCCUUGUCAACGUGUGCUGCGGGCAGCUGCUGAAAGAGGCAGUGGCCGACAAGUCAAAAAUCGGCGAGCUCAUCUGGUCCUUCCUGGAGAAGAAGGUGACAGUCCCUGACAGCGUCAUCAUGAAGAUACUGGCUGAACGCCUGGACCGGCAGGACUGUGUGCAGAAAGGGUGGGUGCUGCAUGGCGUCCCCCGAGACUUGGACCAGGCACAGAAGCUCGACAGCCUGGGCUACAUCCCCAACAGGGUGUUUUUCCUGAACGUGCCGUUGGAUUCUAUCAUGGAGCGGCUGACCCUGAGAAGAGUGGAUCCAGUCACAGGAGAAAGGUACCACCUCAUGUACAAGCCGCCCCCCACCAUGGAGAUCCAGGCUCGUCUCUUGCAGCACCCAAAGGAUUCUGAGGAGCGGGUCAAGUUCAAGGUGGAUCUGUACUACAGGAACUCCGCCGAGCUGGGGCACUUCUACAGGUGGGCCACCACCAUCAACGGGGACCAGGAUCCCUACACCGUCUUUGAGUACAUCGAGAGCGGGAUCAUCAAUCCCCUGCCCAAGAAAGGGCUCUGAUGGGCUCAGAGCAAGGAGCAGGCCCAGUGGACCCCGCCCGCUCCUGGAAAACCCCACCAAGCCAAUAAAGAUUGCUGGUGACAGA